AACAAAGCAGCCAAAUACAGUAAACCUACUGAAGAAACUAAUCGAUAUCUUUGUCCUCCAAUUGAAUUUUAGUAGGUCUGUACGCAAUAUAACCGUAACAAUUAUGUCUGCUACAAACCAAGGUAAACAAUUGGUUUCUGUUUACUUGUGUUUCGGAAGUUUUAAUUAAAACGUUACCUCUUAUAAAAUUUAUCUGUGUUUUCUGCUUAUUAAAAUGAAUCCUGAAAAACGAAACGAGGACUUUCUGAGAGAAGCAUCCGCACUGGGAGAUGAAGAUGGAGUAAGAAAACUUUUAGAAGCAGGUGUUGAUGUUAAUAGUCAGCAUUCUAUAAAUGGAUGGACUGCUUUGCAUUGGGCAGCAAAACGAGGUCACCCAUCUAUAGUCCGCUUAUUAUUGUCACAAGGUGCAGAUUCAUCUUUAACAUCAGUCUAUGGAGAAUCACCUCUUGCAGUAGCUAAAAAUGAAGAGAUACAUAAUAUCUUAUCCGGCAACUCAGAAUUACAAACUGAAUUCCAAACUAAACCUUCUCUAACUAUCACUCCUAAUUACUUGGCCAAUCCUGCUUUAGCACCAAAAAUUGACAAAAAGGAUAAGCGAAAUGCAGAGGUUUUAUACUCAAAUAAUUAUCCUGACAGUGAUUCAAAACGAAAGUUUGAAGAAGAAAUUGUUUUGAAAGUUCGAGUUGCAGAGUCUAUAGAUCUUGAUUUCAUUGAAAUUGAAGUGCCGUUAAAAGAUUUGACAUAUGAAAACGUAUGUAGAAUAUGCUGUGAAGAACUGGAAGUGCCAUCUAAAAGUGUAUUGAAGUUAAGAAAGCUUCCCAACACAAUAGUUCGAAAAGACAAGGAUGUUUUAAGGUUCCAGAAUUUUCAAGAAUUAGAAUUAGUUUUAAAACCUAAUGGAGCAACAAAGCAACAAACUUUAAAGACGCAUUUUAGUGAUACUUUUUACCAAGAAGCUCAUAAAUUACUGAGUUAUCGCAGUAUCUUCAAGUAAAAAAAUGAGACAGUCAUUUACUUCCAGGAAUAGAGCAAAGGCCAUAACAGUGAAUUUGAUAGCUUUUGCGUGGAAUUUCAAAAAAUAAACAGUCAUAAAAUAUUGAAAAAAAGAAAAAAAAGAAAAAGAACUUUGUUAAAUAGAAAUUAUCUUUUGGAAUGUAGAGAAUAAAUAAUUUGUAAAUGUUAUUCAAAGUCUUUUUUUUUAAUAGAAAAUUUUGUUAAAUGAGUACUCUAUUGUACAUCCAUUAUAAUAAUAAAUAAAGUGCAAAUUAAUUUGCUACUAUAUUACUUACUAUACUAAAUAACUUACAUUUUUGCUAUGUGCACAAUAAAAAAAAUUACUAGAGAAUUUUAUUCUAAAUGACAUGUAUCUACAUUCUAAAUUGUGGAAGAAAGCAGAAUAACUUUGAAAGCACAAUUUUAAAUAGCUGUGAAUAGAAGAGUGUACAAAUAAACCUUGGAUCUUUUUAUUGUGAAGCAUACCUGGGUAGCAGAUAGCAAUGAAUAAACUAUUUAAGUGUCUGAGAAAUAAUAUUUAAUGAGAAAUUAUUGAAAAAUACUUGUCUUAGUAAAAAAAAAAUUUCAGAUGGAAAUAUUUAAUAUAAAAUUUUAAAUGCACUUUUCUUAUGAAAACUUAAUCAAAUCUUGUACAAAUAUUAAAAACAGCUUUUAUUUGUAAUUAACAUUAUUUUGUCAAACUUCUUUGGUAUGGUAUGUUUGAAAGGACAAAUUUUCACAAAGAGCAAUAUCAGAGUUUGCAAUAAAUAUCUAGUUUCUUUCUUCAUUCUUUUUCUAAUAUCUGCUUUUGACUAGAAGUUGCCAGCCAUACGUAAAAUGUUCAUAGAUAAUAUCUGAUAGAACUGCAAACAUAUAUAAUCGGCAAUUUUAUAACUCAGAGAGAUAAAAGUUAAUUCUGAAAUAAUCUUGGAAGUUGAUCCACUUUAAAACUGGCAGCUCAAGUUACAAGUUAUCUUAGAUAUCAAAGUUUUAAUAUUUGUUAUUUUUUUUUUAAGAAUUAUUAUAAAAAAAGGAAAUGGACCAAAAUUGCAUGAUUGAUACAAGAAAAAGAACUUCACACUUGUGUAGUAUAUGUACAAAAUAUGUAUUUUUUAUAUAUUUUUUUUCUAAUCCUAAUCAUCUUCAAAAUACAUCUCUUACUAGAUUGUUAUAAUUAAUUUCUAAACUUUGUCCUAAAAUAUUACUAUUUUUAAUAACAAUAUAAAUUCCUUUCCUGAUUUUAAAAAUCAGUUCUAAAUUUUUCAGCCUUAACAUUAUAUAAAAAUUGAUAAUAAUUCAAAACUGAUAAGUAAUUAAUUUCUGUAAUUUCCUUUAGAUGAAAUUUCUUUCAUUGUUCGUAGUCUUGUUAAUGUAGAAGCCAAACUUUUAAUUAGGUAUUUCAGUUGUUUUGUUAAUUCCAUUAUUCUUAUUAGAUUAUUAAAAAAUGGCGUUUUUGUAUAAAAUCUCCUAAAAUUUUAAGAACAUUGAUUUUAUUUUGAACCAAAAAAAUUUAAUUGCAGUUUUAAAUAUGCUAAAUGUAACAAUAGGAUUAAAGUUAUAACUAAACUGCUACCAACUUCUAGUGUUUAUAUAGUAAUCGUAUAUCAUUUUAAAUCUAUUCCUACAAAGUUCUCAUAUGAAUAUUUUUUAUACUUAUAAUGUAGCCAUUAAAAUUAGCCAUGCAUACAAUUUGUGUAUACAUGGAAGUUGACUUGUAUAAUCCUAUUUUGUAAAGAAGCUAAUUUCAAACUAUUAAUAUAAAAAAUAUGUAAGCUGUUAAUAAGAAAAGCAAGUGCCUUUUUUGCUUUAUUUUAUUUCUUUAUUAUUAUUAUUUGUAAAAAAAUAUUAUUUAGAUAGCUUCACUUGGUUAAAGGCACUCAAAUUCUGAAUAAUAAUUAUGAUGGGUCUUAAAAUUAUUCUGGCUGGGCAUGCACUUAACUUUAUUAAUAUGGUCCUGAUCAAAGAGUUGACUUAAUUUACAAAAAGAGUAUAAUUUGAUUUAAAUGAUUAAAUAAAUUGACCGAAACUGGCACUUGGGUAGUCUGAAAAUGACUUCACAUUACAGCAUAUGAAUCUGUUUGAAGUUUAGUUCAAAAAUAAAUUCUUUUUAAGUAUAUACUAGAAGUUAGUUUUAUAUACAAAGUUAAAAAAUUAUGAUAGUAUUUAUCCAGUUGUUAAAUGUAGACUCUAUAAAGUCAUUUAAAAAGUUAGUUUUAUUGAAAAAUAUUUUACUUCUUUGAAUCUUAGAUUGUAUGAUUUCUGUUUAAAAAUUCAUUCAUAUAACAGUUCUACAUUUUGUAUUUGCUUGUGAUAUAUAUUGUGCAUUAUUUCAAAAUGUGAUAUUUUUGUAGAACAUUAGUGUACUGUGACGAUUAUAUUUUUCAAGGCACAUAAUGUAGAAAUAUUAAUAAAUAAAAAGCUUGAAAUUAU